GUGCAUUGAACAGCUGAGUCGAAUCCGAGUGUGACAAGCGCAAAAUAAUACGACGCUCUCACGCUCUCGACCGGUCGAUGACCACUGGCACAAGUGAAGGCUUAAGCUCGUCUCAUUAAUAUUGUCAUGAAUCAUGGACAGCAGUCAAUUGCGUCAGUAUACAGAAGCUAUCUUCGUGAGAUUAGACGAUUGCCUCAUGCUUACCUUCGUCGAGUUUUCCGUCUGAAGGCAGAGGAUGGCUGUCGUGCUGCGCUGCUGACAAAAUGCGAUGAUCUUAGGGCGCGAAAGCUGAAGAGAGUUUCACAGACCAUACAACACGUCCGUGCAGCAAAUAAUGGCAACCAUAAGGCUUUCAACCAUAUCCUGGACAUUGCCUACGGACGGGUAGGUAAACUAAGAUGGGAAUUGAUGGAGCCCUUACUGUCUGACCCAAACGCACCACUUCCGCCGCCAAUCAUCCCCGGCAAAGAAUCGUCGCGUCCUCCCGUAUAUUCCCCAGGGCUCACCGCGCUUCUCACUUCGGGUCUGUCUCGUAGGAAAAGACCUUUGGUGCCUGAGAACCUCAGCUUCCCACCAAUACUUCCCGAACGUGCAGACCCUAAUUCGUCUGAUGCCCAGAUACUGGGUCCUUUCAGCAAGCGGCGGGAAGUGAACGCUCGCUGGAAGUACUUCAGACGGGAGUGGAAAAAAGUGUUCCCACCUCUCCAGAUCUCCGUUUCGCCUUCUCAAGAUGUCGGGAAUGAGGGCAACGAUUUGAGUACUUCGGCUGCUGUCCAGAAAAUAGGCUUUGAUGGUACCACUGUCCUCGAGGAGCUGGUUCAAUUAACAACAAAGCCGAAGAAUACAUCACGGAAAGGGUCUGAUGCUUCCCUCCCAAGACGAUGGUUGCGCAGGAGAUACCAGGAGCUGCUGGGAAGGCUCCCCAUCCUAACUUUUAUCUCAGCACGCGAAGACAUGAAAACCAAGAAGCCUGGCGGCUUCUCGGUGUCAUUGGCACCGAAUGCGCUUAAGGUCCGAUUUCAAGGGAGAUCUUUACCCUGCUCGACGGACGAUGAUGUGGCAUGGAAUCAAAAGCAUCCAGCGAACAUUAAGGCAUAGGAAGCCAUGAUCAUCAGGAGGAAGUCCUUUUUGACACAAUCACCCGCGAACAAUUGGUCAUUUUACUCAGAGCAAUACCGUUAACAAGUGCCAGAGAACUUUCAGUAUGGACAAGGCUUCUGCAGGACCGCGGAUACCGCUAUCACAAAUAAACACCAACACUCGUCCACACAGAAUCACUUGCACUCCUCUUUGGACUCAGUCAUGUGGGUUAAGAAUGCAAAUCAACACCCCCGGCACUCUUUACAUUACUAUAAUAAAUCCAAUGCACCCAAAAGUCCUGCUCUCCAUAGCACAAUAAUUUUGAUUCAAUUCCGAAAAAAAAAAAAAAAAAAAA